AUGAAGAUGUGGCCUUGGAUGCGGGACCUGCCGACACGAGCUUGGGCCGGCAACGGCUGGCUACUCGUGGAGGACGGCAUGAUGAAGCUCUCGCCGACCGGAGGGGGCUCCGCCAUGCAGGGUCUCGAGAUCUUCGAGUCCGUGGGCUCCGUCCCGGAACCCGACGAGGCGAAGUCCCCGGAGCCACCCAGCGGGGCCGAGCCGAGAGCCGAGCAAGGCCAGGUCGUCACGAAGAAGUUCCGCGGCCUGGAGCGCCAGAGCGGUAUCCCGGGAAUCACUUGGGAAGGAGUCAUGCCCGGCUGGCGCGUCAAUUGGCAAGUCUCAGGCAAGCGGACGAGGAACAAUUUCUCCAUCACCCAGCACAUGAAGCUCGGCCUCGCAGAGGCCGAGGCCGUGGAGGCGGCGCUCCAGGAGGCCAAGGCUUUCCAUGAGGAGCUCGUGCGCCAAGGCAAGCUGAAGCCGCCGAAGCCCGUCACGGAGAAGGCCUCCGGCUCCAAGGUGAGGGGAAUUAAGUAUGACAAGAAGAACGGAACCUUUCGGGUUCAAAUGACUGACCCCUCCACCAAGCAAUCUGUUCAUGGUGGCAUGUUCAAGGUGAGGGAGGAGGCCGAGGCCCGGGCCCGGGAGUUGGCCAAGGAGUUGGGGCUGGAAUCCGAGGGCGGAGUGGUGCCGGUGAAGCCGCUCUCGGAGAUCCCACACUUCGAGCCGCUGGGGCCACAGAAGGGCAUCAAGUGGGUUCCUGGCGAGCAGGCGUGGCAUGCGCGAUACCAAGGCAAGCACAUGAGGUUCCGCCCGAAGGACUUCUCGGCGAAGGAGGUGGAGAAGUCCUGGAAGCAGGCGGUGGCCUGGCGCAAGCUGCAGGAGAAGGAGAGGGAGCGGGCUGAGCAGCCGCAGAAGUGA